GCUCUGAGCAAAGAAAAAGUCAUGGCUGUCCAGCUAAAAAGCCUUGCCCUGCUGUUCCUCUUUGUGGGUGCGGUCAGCCUUCAUGCAGUCCGUUCUUCGGGUCAAGAUGUGAUAGUAACAUUUAUAAUGGUUCAACAUGCCGAAAUGGGGCAAGUGUUUAAGAUCGUUGGAAACAGUGAGAAGCUGGGGAAUUGGGAGCCUUCUAAAGUGGAGAACAUGACAUCGACUCCUGGCGAUGCCUGGGCCAUCUCUGUGAAAUUGACGAAGGGAGCAGCAUACGAGUACAAGCCAAUAGUAGUCGACUCUGAUAGUGGUAACACCUUGUGCUCGGCGAACGGGAACCGCCCCUUAACUAUUCCGGAAGAUUAUUCCAAGUCUGAUCAUGUGGAAACAGUGUUUAGGAGUAUCUCUUGCGGUUACGGCUGCCAUGAAAACAAUGCUUGCUCCGACCAAGGGAGGGUGCGUUUGCAGGGAGAAGAUGUGAUCGUAACGUUUGUGUUGGUUCAAAGCGUGAUGUCUGGGCGAGAAUUUAAGAUCGUUGGAAACGCUCCUGAGAUGUGCAGUUGGGACCUUUCUGAAGUGGAGAACAUGACACAGACUUCUGUAGAUGUCUGGGCCAGCGCUGUGACAUUGACGAAGGGAAAAGCAUACAAGUACAAGCCAUACGUAGUGGACUCUGUGAGCGGUUCCACCGAGUGCUUCGCUCACGAGGAACUCUCCUUAACUAUUCCGGAGGAUUAUUCCAAGUCUAAUUAUGUGGAAACAGUGUUUUAUAGCUUGGAAUGCGGUUACGCGUGCCAUGGCACCCCUGCUUGCUCCCUCCAUGGUGACCGUAGUCGCCAGGUUAUGUGAUAAUAGAAAUGUAAUAAUGCAGUGCACCAACUUAUAAUCUUUCUCUACGUUUGUUGAAAAAAUAAGCAUUGUACUUCGUAUAUAUAUUACGUUGAUACAAUAAGCCAUGCACUGCGUAUCUAUGUAUCAUCUGUCGUAUGAGCGAAAAUAUAAAACUGCGCCUGUUGUUACC